AUGUCCCUCUCCCGUCGCGCAUCACUCCAUUCCACCCUUAUCGAUGAUGAUGUUCAACUUCUCACUUCUGAAGAGAUCCAGUCCUUCUUGGACGAGCUCGAUCACAACAACGAUGGGAUCAUCCAGUACAGUGAAGUCGAAUCAGCCUUGGAUAGGGUAAAUGACGAAUUAACCCCGACACCGAAACAACACAAUAUCAAUCAUCCUUCCAAAGAAGAGUAUGCUAGACAUGCUUUUCUUCGUGAAUUGAUGGGUACCACUUCGAACGUAAACCCCAGCUCUAUCUCGAGAAACGAAUUCACGGAUAGGAUCAGACAGUGGAAGAUACCUAGUAUGACUCAAUCGAGAUCUAACGAAGAGGCCGAUUUGGAAUAUAUGAGUUCUAUAGGGUGGUGGAGAAGGAUCAGAUCAUGGUGGGCAGUCAAAGGUCCCGAAGUCAUGUUUUUAGUUAUGGUAUCAGCAAGUAUAGUAGGAAUGAUGAUUUGGCAAUCGCUCAAAUAUAGUCUCGAUACCCGAUACAGAGCAGCCUUUGGAUGGGGUGUAGUCCUAGCUAAAACUUGUGCUGGUGGAUUAUAUUUCACAACGUUUUUCUUAUUACUAAGUAUGUCAAGGCAUUUCUCAACAUUCCUUAGAAGAUGGUAUUACCUCUCGAGGUUUAUCAAUCGGGAUCUCAGUCAGUCAUUCCACAUCAAGAUCUCGAUCCUCGCUAUGACGCUGUCGACACUUCACGCAAUAGGUCAUUUAGGAGGUACAUUCGUUUAUGGAUCAAAAUCCACUCGUCAAGAUGCUGUAGCAGCCAUUCUAUCCCCCGAAUUAGUUCCUCGACCUUACCACGCUUACCUUGCAUCAUUACCUGGAAUUACCGGCUUAACAGCCCUAGGUUUAUUCUACAUUUUAGCUGGGUUGAGUAUUCCUCAAGUCCGAAAGUGGAAUUACGAAGUAUUUCAAUUAGGUCAUCUGUUUAUGUACCCCAUCAUCGGGUUAUUGAUGGCUCACGGUACGGAGAGAUUACUCCAAUUCCCAAUGUUAGGUCAUUUCCUAGCAUUCCCAACUUUGCUUGUCCUCUUAGAGAGAAUGAUAAGAUUGUUUCUUGGGCUUGGAGCAGGUGGACUGGCGAAGAUCAAGAUACUAGACUCGGAUACAAUCCAAAUAACGAUACCCAUACCUGCCUCUACCAUUAAGACUAUAGGGCGGAUGAAAUGGAAGUAUAAACCAGGUCAAUACAUCUUCCUUCAGGUUUCAAAGAUAUCAAGAUUUGAACGGCACCCAUUCACCGUUUCAAGUUGUAUCAACGAUCAAGUCAAGCUUCAUAUAAAGACAGAUGGGAAUUGGACCGCUAGAUUACGUCGUUUGAUAACAAGACUCUACCCUUAA